GCUUUACCAAAACCUACAACACCAACUACACGAAAACCAACCCUACCACACACACGACAACUCGAUUACUUCUCCAGCUCGACUGUCGCCCUACUUUCUCUGCUACAAACACCAACACGCGAGCGAGCUCUCCUCUCGGAGCCAUCGCCACCAUGAAGGUCUUCUCCAACUCAGUCACAUUCAACUACUCCUGGGAGGAAGUUUCCACAGCCAACUGGAACAAGUACUGCCCGUGGAACGACAAGUCGACCCAUGUCAUCGCUGUCGAUACCCUCGCCCGCCGCGUCGAUCCGGAGUCGGGCAUCCUUCGCACCGAGCGUCUCAUCACCUGCAAGCAGACUGCCCCCGAGUGGCUCAAGUCGCUGAUGGGCAACACCAUGGAUGUCUCCUAUAUGUACGAGACGUCUUACGUUGAUCCCGCCCGCAAGACUGUCACCAUGGUCUCACAGAACCUGACAUGGUCCAACCUGGUUUCCGUUCAAGAGACCGUCGUCUACAAGCCCCUGAGCCCUACGCAAACUCAGUUUGUUCAGGAUGCCAAGGUUACCGCCCUCUGUGGCGGUUGGCAGCGCAUCAAGAACAGCAUCGAGGACUCGCUUGUUAGUCGUUUCAACGAGAACGCGUCCAAGGGCCGCGAGGGCUUCGAGGCCGUUCUCGAGAUGAGCCGUCGCGUCUUUGCCGAGGAGCGCGAACGCGAGCGUAUGAUGGGCACUCAGAGGGCGACUGCGUAAGCCACUCGUACAACACUACGACUGGACGACGCGCGCACCACACACGCACCACACAGACACGAUUCGACCGAGCAACUUUUCUCCAUGACUUGUGAGCGUUCAAAGGCAUCACCGGCUACAGAUGCUGGUACCUCAAAUGGGACGGGUUAGACAAAGGGACACAAAACAACUGGCGUUGGCAGGGCAUGAUUUUUUUAACGGUUUCGGGAAGCGUUUCCGUUUUUGUAUAAUUGGCGUCGAGAAUACCCCAUACACUGCAUAGAGCCGCGGCGCGUUCACCACGCGUUAGCACAUUAGAGGAAGCAUAGAGCUUCUGAGAAUAAUAGACUCUCCAAUCUGCCUUCUC